GAAAUGCUCCAGGAGAAGGGCCUGUCUGAAACGGAAGAAGGGUUUCCAGCAGCCCAGGCACCUGGUCAUGCCGAAUCCACCGCGGGCUCCCCGGUUCUUGGAGUGGCAGGAAUCGGCAGCACUCCGCUGAGCAGUCCGCAGGGCCAGGAUCCGGAGCAGACCAUAGAAAACAUCAAAGUCUAUCUCCACGAGAAGGAACUAUGGAAGAAGUUUCAUGAAGCUGGCACCGAAAUGAUAAUAACCAAAGCAGGCAGGAGGAUGUUUCCUAGCUACAAAAUUAAGGUAACCGGGAUGAACCCCAAGACCAAGUACAUCUUGUUGAUUGACAUUGUCCCAGCUGAUGAUCACCGAUACAAAUUUUGUGACAACAAAUGGAUGGUGGCUGGGAAAGCGGAGCCCGCAAUGCCUGGGCGGUUAUAUGUUCAUCCGGACUCGCCCGCCACGGGAGCUCACUGGAUGCGGCAGCUGGUGUCGUUUCAGAAGCUAAAGCUCACUAACAAUCACCUCGAUCCGUUCGGACACAUUAUUCUUAAUUCAAUGCAUAAAUACCAGCCGAGACUGCACAUUGUGAAAGCAGAUGAAAACAACGCCUUUGGGUCCAAGAACACAGCGUUCUGCACACAUGUGUUUCCAGAGACAUCCUUUAUAUCGGUGACCUCCUAUCAGAAUCACAAGAUAACCCAGCUGAAAAUUGAAAACAACCCAUUUGCCAAGGGAUUCAGGGGAAGCGAUGACAGCGAUUUGCGUGUGGCACGGCUACAAAGCAAAGAAUAUCCAGUGAUUUCCAAAAGCAUCAUGAGGCAGAGGUUGGUUUCCACUCAUGGCCAGCUUUCAACAAAAACAGAUGUCAACCCACUCCAUGGGAAUCACCAGACCCUUCAGCAUUAUCAGUAUGAGAAUGGUGCUCAUAUGCCGUUUGCUGCUUCGGAUACUCAAGAUCUACCACUCAACACCUUCACAGCACAGAGAGACUCAGGGCUCUUUUAUCACUGCCUGAAAAGAAGAGAAAGUGCUCGGCAUUUAGACCUGCCCUGCAAACGCUCCUAUCUGGAAGCCUCCUCGGCUGUAGGAGAAGAUCAUUAUUUUCGUUCGCCACCUCCAUAUGACCAGCAAAUGUUAAGUCCUUCCUAUUGCAGUGAGGUGACACCUAGGGAAGCUUGUAUGUACUCAGGUUCUGGGGCUGAAAUCGCAGGUGUCUCAACAGUCGAUGACUUGCCGCCUCCUCCCCCUCCCCCUUUGAGCUGCAAUAUGUGGACUUCUGUUGCACCUUACACCAGCUACAGUGUUCAGACAAUGGAAACUGUGCCUUAUCAGCCUUUCCCUGCUCAUUUUACAACCACCACCAUGAUGCCAAGACUCCCCUCUAUCACAAGUCAAAGCUCACAACCACCAGGUAAUAGCCCCUUCAGUGUCUACAAUCAACUGUCACAGUCUCAGGUUCGGGAGCGAGUUCCUCCUUCAUCCUUCCCGAGGGAAAGAGUGCACCCAUCUGUUUGCGAGAGGAAGCCCCCAUCUCCGCACUUAAACACAGCAAACGAAUUUCUGUACUCACAAAGCUUUUCACUCUCGAGGGAAUCUUCAUUACCGUACCAUUCAGGAAUGGGGACUGUGGAAAACUGGACUGAUGGAUGA